CUGCACUUCCCAGCUCACCUCUACCCAGGGGCCCCUCCCCGCCACCCGCUCUAUAUAAACACCGGGGCUGAGACCGACCCACCAGUCCCAGCCCCUGGAUUUGAACCAAGGAUGCUGCUGCUGCUGCUCUCCACGUCCUUGCUCCCGUUCACCGCGGCCUUUCUCCUGCCCCCGAGUCUUCAUGCUGACUGGGUCAUCGGGGGCGAGGAAGCCCUGCUCAGCUCCAGACCCUACAUGGCCUAUGUGCAAAUUGGGUCAACAGGAAGCUGUGGAGGAUUCCUGAUCCAGGAGGACGUGGUGGUGACGGCAGCUCAUUGUAACUGCAACCUAGGCAACAUCUUUGUCUACCUGGGAGUCCAAGACUUCAAGGAGCCAGGACAGAACUGGCAACGGAUCCGGGCCCGUCGCUGGGUCCAGCACCCUGACUUCAACAAUGAGAACUUUCACAAUGACAUCAUGCUGCUGAAGCUGUGGCACAGUGCAGAGCUGACCGAGUGGGUGGUGCCCAUCCCCCUGCCGGAGGCCAAUCACCAUGUCAGCCCAGGCACCGAGUGCAGUGUGGCCGGUUGGGGUCAGACUGGAAUGAACACCACCACCGACAGACUGCAGGAGGCGGAGCAGGAGGUGGUUUCGGACAGCCUGUGCAAAGAUCAGUAUCGGCAUUACGACCCCACCACAAUGCUGUGUGCCGGCAGCCCCCAUGUCAAGAAAUCACCAUUCCAUGGCGAUUCCGGCGGGCCCCUGGUGUGCGAUGGGGUGGUCCAGGGCAUCGUCUCCAAUGGAAAUCCGGAUGGGCGACCCCCCAGCAUAUACACGAGAAUCUCCAAAUUCAUUCCCUGGAUCAACGAAACUCUGCAGAAACUGAGUUAA